AUGAAUCAGCGUGGUAGGUCGAAAUUACGUGACAGCGUCGCAGGCGAAGGUAGAAGACCAUCUGAUACGGACAAAGAUAUCACGAUUGAUUCGAUCAGACGUCAUAUCCAUCAUCGAUUGGCCUUGUCCAAAGAAAAUUGCGAUCGUGAGCUGCGUAAGAUCAUCAUGGCAAUCAAUGCCUUUGUUGAAGAAGGUAUACAAGAACAACAAAUGAAGGUUUUACAGCAGCAACAAGAUGAGCAAGACGAGAUAGAAUCCCGGGAAUUGACCUCAACGUCAACUUCUAGGUCACAUUCACCAAUGCCAGGCGCAGCUGGAGGACAAACAGCAAAUUUGUAUGGUGCCGAAUCUCCCCAAUAUUCUCCUGCGCGUCGUAUGAGACCUUUACCGCCGGAUGAUGCACCAUUGGAUCCUUUCAUCGUUCCAUUGCAAGACCUCGUUAGUAUUGCCAUGGAUGUGCUUGAUACAACUAUUCACAACUUGACUUCUAGAACGGGUGCUUGCAGAGAAAUCAUUUCUAGCGUACAAGAUGUCGGACGAGCAUGGGAAGAGAAUCCACUUUGGCCUGGUCGUGGCUGGUACGUGCAAUUGUUAUUGGCUGUUGCUGGAUUGAGUCGUGUUGUUGAAUGGUGGGAGGCCGAACGGGGCUUUUGGAAUUUCGCAGAAGAUGGCGAUGAGAAUGAUCAAAAGCCAAUCAAAUUCUUCAUGGCGAAUGCCAAUCGAACACCCUCACAACAAAGCAGUGCUACCAAUUCGCCAGCAAUCGAACCUGCAGAUCGUAAAGCAACAUUUGGUGAACACAUCGACAGUUUACGUUCGACACAUUCGUCAACACCUAUCUUGGCUUCUGCGCUUGAUGAUGAGGAUGAGAAUGGUGACUUAGUCAAAGCUGACGAUUUGAAGAAUUCUGAUGUUGAUUUGGCUGCAAAUACAUCAACAGCCGCAGCUUUGCCAUCAUCCGUGAAGGAGAGUCAAAACAUCUUGAUGGAAUUGAGUUUGGAUGGAGAAAGGUUCUUGUAUCUAAGUCCUGCUUGGCAAACCGUCUUGGGUUCUGAUCCAGCUGAAUUAUUCGAUCGUCCAAUCGAAGAAGUUCUUGCUCCUGGUGAUGCACAAACGUUUGCGGAAGCCACGCAACAAUUGCAGGUGGAUGACUCGCGCACAGUUGAAGCUGCUUUCCGUUUGUUGGUCCACCCGUCCAUCAUUCCUGACUCGGAUGGUGUCACUCGCUAUUACCAAGAGAUGGAAGGUAAAGGAAUGUUGAUGCAAGAUCGUCAAAGCGGCUCAUCAUCACAUACCAUGUGGGUUUUCAAGCCAACAGGACCGCCUGAACCUGAAGAAGCUUUAGGUCCACAGAAGCCUUCAACGGCAGGUGUUGGAGAUCUCUCGGUCGCAGCAGGAACAAGUACGUUUGAUACAGCCGGACAACAGCAUCCAUUUUUGUCAACGGAGCCAUUGUUGUGUCGAAUUUGCGAGCGUGACGUACCAACGUGGUUUUUCGAGAAGCAUUCAGAAAUUUGCAAUGAGAUCCACAGAUUGGAAAUGGAAAUCUCUGAAAGCAACGAAAUCUUGGCCGAUUUACGCCGAUCUGCGCGAGGUAUCGUUACACAAAUCGAGGCAAGUGAAGAAGUCAUCGAAUAUCGUUCGAUUCCUCUUUCGACGCCUGCCGCUUCCACACUUCCUCCGACAGCCCUUGAAGUUGCUAAUCGAUCACUUUCACCGCGACAUCCAAACCCGGCUGCUGUUCGAAAGGCUCAUUUGAGAGCUUUGAAUGCUUUAAUCGACAUUUUGCGUAUUGCAGGUACGAUUUCCACUCCGGCCACAAAAGAUGAUGCAGACUCGAUAGAGAAGCAAAGAUUAUUGUCACCCGAUUCAGAAAGCAAAAUCGUUCAAGUCCGCAAUUGGAAGAUGGUUUCUUUGCCGUCAGAAGAUGCAGCCUUUGAUCUUCUAAUCGCUGAUGUGGAUGCUGCAAUGCGCAGAAAGCUCAGUGCAGUGAACCGAAUGUUGAAUACGAUUGUGUACGUGGAAACUGUCAGAAUGGAAUGGGAGCAACGUAUCACUGCUGACUUUGCAGAGGAAGAUGAAUCUCUCGCAGGAGCACGAAAAUCACAAGAUGACUCUGAAGAGCAGCAUCAUUCUUCUUCAACAAUCUCACAUUCUGAUGUCAACCAACAAGAAAAUGUUGCAUCAGGUGUCAAUUCUGUUGACGUACCAAUGACAGCUCAUUCGUCAUCUGCACCAAAGUCUACGGCUGGAAGCGCUCCUUCAGGCUCUGCAGGACAAGAAGAUGAUCUAGAUGAUAUGGAUGGUGAUGCGUCUGCUGUUCUGCUCGAACAAUACGAUGAUGCUGCCGUUCCGGGCUCUACCACACUCUCAGCACGCGGUGACGAGUUGGGUAGGGAAGAAGAUAUUCCUGCCGUUGAGACAUCAAUGGGAGGAUCCGUCCUCCGUCCUAUCCCGAUUCCAACAAAGGCAAACAUUGCUCCCCGUAUUCAAAGAACAUACCUUCAAACGCCUCCUCUUUCACCUCGUCAUUCGCCAAAGGAGAUGACCAUUCCCUUACGAACUGUGAAGGAUCGUCGAGUAUCACAUUCCCUACGAGCAAUGGGGGCACACAGCCCGCAUUUGAGUGCAAGCGCAGGUGGUAUGCCAAUCUCACCUCGAAUUCCACCAAUGGCACCUUCUUCUCGUCCAACAGCAUCUAGCAUCAAAGAUUUCGAUAUUAUCAAACCGAUCAGUAAAGGUGCUUUUGGAUCAGUAUUCUUGACUCGCAAGCGAACGACUGGCGAUUACUUUGCAAUAAAGGUAUUGAAGAAGAGCGAUAUGAUUGCCAAGAAUCAAAUCACCAAUGUCAAAGCAGAAAGGAUGAUUUUGAUGACUCAGACACAAUCACCUUUUGUCGUCAAGCUCUUCUUUACCUUCCAAUCUUCAGAGAGUCUGUUCUUGGUCAUGGAAUACCUUCCCGGUGGAGAUUUAGCCAAUUUGGUCAAAGCAUUGGGAACGCUGUCAGAAGACUGGACUCGUCAAUUUGUUGCAGAAGUGGUGAAUGGAUUGGAAAUGCUGCACGCACAAGGUGUUGUUCAUCGUGAUAUGAAACCUGAUAAUCUCUUGAUCGAUCAAAAAGGACAUUUGAAGCUAACAGACUUUGGUCUUUCGAAAAUUGGUCUGCUUGGACGUCAAAAUCGUCAACAGAUGCAAGCACCCUCACAUGCAGCUGGCUCACAUACUGGCCGUGGAUCAGUGUCAGGAACAGGAAGUACCCCACCUUCAUCAAUACCAUCGGGAAGAGUAGGUUCUAUUCCUGAUACUCCUUAUUUGAUCGGAUCUCAACCAUUCUAUGUUGGCACGCCUACUCAUCCUCGCGGUCGUAUCAUGAGUGCAUCUACUGAUGCUAGUGAUUCGAGCGGUUCAGAAGGUGUGCUGACUUAUAGCCAAGCAUUAAGCUCCGCAACUACCUCUGCUCCACGUCAGAUUCCAUCGGCAACUUUGCUCGAUAGUCCAAAGAAUCCUUUUGCUUCCACCGUCGCAGGUGGUCAUGGCAGCGGAAGUGCGGGUGCGAUCGGCAGCUCGACAGGUCAAAUUGGCAGUGGUUCAGGUGCUCAAUUGAAAAAAUUUGUCGGAACGCCGGAUUACCUUGCGCCUGAGAGUAUCUUGGGUUUGGGCAUGGAUGAUGCAGCGGUGGAUUGGUGGGCAUUGGGUGUGAUCUUGUACGAAUUCUUGUACGGAUAUCCACCUUUCCACGCAAGUACACCAGAGAAAGUGUUUGACAAUAUCCUUUCGCGCAAUAUCAGUUGGGACGAUGAAGAUGUAGAAGUUUCUGCUGAAGCACGGGAUUUGAUGGAACGCUUGAUGUGUACAGACCGCAAAAAUCGAUUGGGUGCAAAUGGAGCACAAGAGAUCAAAGCACAUCCGUUCUUUGCAGGGAUUGAUUGGGACCAUUUGAUAGAUGAGGAGGGUCCCUUUGUUCCUCAAAUUACCGAUCCAGAAUCAACAGAUUACUUCGAUUUGCGAGGAGCUGCAUUUAUGGACUUCCAAAAUGAAGAAGGAAAUACAUCAACAACCAAAGAAGCAAAUGAAACGUACGCUGCCAGCAAUAUGGGCAUGAAAGAGUUUGCCAAAGCGAUCGAAGGACAUGCGAGAUUUAGUCAAACGGACGAAUUUGGGUCAUUCUCAUACAAGAACUUACCUGUUUUAAAGCAAGCGAACGAUGAAGUGAUCAAAAAGAUGCGUGGAGAUCAAUUAAACAGUAUGAGUGCUGCAAUGGAACAACAUCAAGCUGGAACGCCUGGCGGUGGCAUCGGUCUCAUUCAUGGUCGCCAUAGAAGUAUUUCUGGAAAAGUGGUCACACCAUCUUCUCAUCGUGGAUCAGCAGUUUGGAUGCCAGCAGGUCCUCCAAGUCCAACAACAAGUAUUUCAAGUCAAAGUUCUGUUCCCAGUAAAAGUACUGCGCCGACUUCACCAAGAUCACCAAUGGGAAGUAUAAGCGGAAGCAGUGCUACAGGUCCGUUGACCAGCAUGAUGGAACGCAAGAGAUCACAAUUUGCAAAUACGCAGAACGAAGAAGAUCUUCGCAGAACUUCCCUUCCAACAAGAUUGCGCACAACUUCAACUAGCACGAGCGGAAACAGUGCUGGAUCUCGUCAAGCAAUACCAUCUAUGGGUCAAAGCGGAAGUUCUUCCAAUACCAAUUCGCCAGCGAUUGCAACCGCUCCUUUGGCCCUUGGAAAUGGUUUAAGCUCUACUACGAACAAAGAGGUAGAAGAGAUUCAUUGUAUGAUCGCAGAAGAUAAUCCAAUUUCUGCCAGAAUGCUACAAGGAAUUUUGACAAAGUUAGGUUGCAAUUCAACUACUGUACGUAAUGGAGCCGAAGCAUUGCGAAUGGCAAUGGGAGAAACGAAAUAUUCGGUUUUGUUCGUGGAUGUUACACUUCCGAUCGUUUCGGGACAAGAUGUUGCAAAGAUGAUCAAAUCAACACGAAACAUCAACGCAAUCACGCCAAUCGUUGCACUUGCAUCUUUUUCAGGAGCAGGCACGCUUUCUCAACAAACUUCUCAAGCUGUUGAUAAUUUGCUUGAAUCUACUGGAGGCGUAUUUGACGCAGUGAUGGCAAAGCCGAUCGACAAGACGGAUGUUUGCAACAUCUUGCCUAGAUUUGGCUUUAUGCCAAUGACGCAAAGAUCAUCGUAAUUUAUUUGACAAGAAUUAUUUCUUUUAUUAAUUGUAUUAUUUUUAUCAAUCGCAUUUUAUAUCUCAU